AGUACAGUUGUCUGCUCCACCGUUAACUAAUCGCAUUCCCGCCCAAAGAAAGGGGCCACAUUCCGCCCCAAAGACGUUGGCCGCUUCUCAGCCCAUCAACCACAUUCCACCGCUGCUCUUCGUUGGCUCGACCCCUCUCGCUCUGCAUUGCAUCCUUGUUUGAUUGACUCUUCCGUAGGGCAGUCGUCUCGCGCAUUGCAUUGUCCCCCAUGCUUGCCAUGUUCGCCGGGUCGACUUCCUCCGACCCUGCGGAUGUCCAUGUCAACACGUCGCAAGAGCUGCAGCACUCACCACCACCACCACCGCCGCCUCCUCCACCACAUCCAGAGAAGCAGCCUGAAGAAACCUCACCAUCGCAUCAGUCUGACCUCUCCUCGCCGCCGCCGCCGCCGCCCGUCCUCUCCGUCUCGACCCCAGAAGAAUCGCUCCCCCGACGCAUCAAGUCCAAAUCAUCCCUACGCAGCGUGCGCAGUUUCGGCAGCAGCUUAAACGACGAAGAUCCCGCCGAUGAGACGCCCGAGCAGCCUGGGUCCGACAAAUCCCUCAUCCGCCCGUCCAUCCUGCGCCGACUGUCUCCGGGCCUGGCCGCUCGCGUCAAACUCCUAGACGGCAGUCACAGCAAGAGCGCCGCCAACUCCCGCAACCCCGGCGCCGUCGGCCGCAUCCCCGAAGAGCACAUUAAAGAGCUGGAUACGCUGCACCAGAACCUGUCGGCGUCCAUCAAGGUCGAGAAGAAAGGUCGUUCGUGGAAUGCUCUGCAUCUGAUCGGCAAGGACAGGAAGCAGCAGGGUGGCUCGGACCUCCUGGAAGUCAUCGAACCGGAGUUACUAGAGGUGCCGUCGCCCGAAGCGUUGGAGUCGUUGGAAUUAGAACGCGAGGCCUUGGACGAACCGACGCGACUCCCGUCGGAGGCGGACGCGCAGAUUGUUGAGACCGCCUCAGAAUCCACGGAAGACCAGGUUGAACCAACGAACGCAGUCGAAACUACUGAUACCGCGGAUACUACAGACACUACAGACCCUGUUCAGACAGCCGAGACGGUAAAUACCGUUGAGACCCCCGAGCAAGAAGCCAACGAAUCUCCGGCCAUGUCUGUUGCUGAACCUCUCCCGGCGCCGACGCUGCCCGCGCCCGUUGAGCCGGCCCCCCAGCAGUCAGAACCAGAGCCAGAGCUUGCGCAAGAACCGACGGAUUUCGAGAAAUAUAUCCAGCGCACCAGCGAAAAAGAAUCCGACAACCCCCCUCCCCCUCCUCCCAAGGACUCCCCGCUCGAAUCGGACAACAACUCCGCGUACUUCCGCCCCAGCAGCCUUCACCGCGCCGAUUCGAUCUUCUCCUUCUCGCGAGCCUCCUUCAGCAACCAACUCUCCCAGCUAACCUCCAUCUCCCUACCCCAAGCUUCCUCGUUAGCGUCGAGCAUUGCCGCCAUUCCGAAUGCACCCCUGGCCGUCAAGUCCCUGACCGGAGCCGCCGACCAGAUCCAGAUAUGGAUCAAGAAAGCGACCAGCGUACUAGAGGGUCUGGAUGCCGACGACGACGUGGAGUGGGCGGCGGCGGGAGGGCGAGACGGUCUGGAUGACGUGGAUAACGCCAUCACGACAUUUGAGGGUCUCAUCAACGUUUACGUGAAAGCGAUUGAAGACGUGCAAACCCGGCAGGAUAUCGAGAACGUGGAGCCCGACAGUCUGAAGACGAUCGUGACGCAGAUGGACUUCAUCAUCCAGCACUGGACGCAGAUCAAGUCGCGCCUGCGAUCCGUGAAGAGUCAGGUGGAACUGGCCAUGGAGUGGGAGGAGCUGUGGAACAACAUUCUUGGAGACGUGGGCGCCGAGGUCGGGAACCUCACGCAGCUGAUCUUCCAGAUGGAGGAGAAGCGGCACUUGGUUAUGGCCGGCUCGCAGUCGCCCGGAAACAACGGCGUCGAUAUCAACGAACUAGAGACGAUCGUCGAAGAGACCCCUGGCGGCGGGCCCCGGGCCAGCAAACGACUGAGCGUGGAGCCCAUCUUCUCCGUUCCCCCGGCGCUCGACACCCCCAUCAUUCAAACGCCCCAGGAGGACAACUUCCACGGCGAUCUGAUCGGUCUGUUCGCCCGCAUCCAGCCCCUGCGGGCGUCGUUGGAUUUCCUGCCCAUGCGCUUGUCCAUGUUCCAGUCCCGGGCCGAUGCCGUGUUUCCCAGCGCCUGCCAGGAUCUGCAGCAGGGCAUCGAGCGACUGGAAGGGCGAUAUAAGAUGCUGGAACAAGAAGCGGAGGACCUGCGCAAGGAGCUCAGCGAGGAUCGGUGGAUUCUGGUGUUCCGGAACGCCGGCUCGCAGGCGCAGAAGAUGUUCCAAUCCGUGGAGCGCAGCAUCUCGAAGCUGCAGGAGGCGCUAGAGUCGGGGGCCAUCUUCAACAACCCCGCCGGACUGGCCAAACGGAUUGAAAGCUACGAGGCCAAGAAGCAGCACUACGUGGCGGCGAUUGAGCGAGUGGUUUCGAUCAUCCACAAGGGGGUCAAGGACCGGCUGACGCUGAACGGCGAGACCCUGACGCUCCUGUCGGAUAUGACGUCCAAGCUGGACGCGCUGAAAGCCAGCAUCAAAGUGAUGGACGCCUCGUUAGAGGACGUGCACAUCGCCCGCAGCCAGCAGCUCCGCGACUCGAUCUCGAGCAUCGUCACGAUGGACAGCCCGGCGACGGGCAGCGUGGCCGACACGCCGGGCAGCUCGCCAGCUUCGUCGGUCGUGAUGACCCCCGGCAACCGCAAGGGCGCGUCCACGCCGCUAGGAGGGUCCAGUCGACGCGGCAGCUCGGUCAGCUCGGCGGCUCGCACGACCAUGUCCAAGGUGCGCCGCUACUCGGGGCUCCCCCAGGCCACGGCCACGUUGACGGGGAAGAAAUCAGCCAUUCCCAAGCCCUCGCUGGGCGUACCGUCUCCCACGAAGACCAACGGCGCUGCCACCCCGACACCGGCGUCGCGCAAACCGGCGACACGUCCUGCGGCGCCCCCCAUUCCGGGCCGUCCGCGAUGGAACAUCAGCACGAACACCAACGACCUGGAUGUCGGCUUCAAGCCCACUCCUUUUCGGAAAUCCUCUGCUCCCAACAACACCGCCUCGAACGGCCGCACCCCCCGACCCGCCUCCACGCUUCCCUUCUCCCGGUCGCGACGAGAUCUCUCUGCAUCUCCCGCUCCCUCCACCGCUCGAUCUGUCAGCCGCGUUUCUAGCCGGCUUACGUCGCGCAGCCCGGCGCCUCCGCCGUCUCCUUCUCCCGGCUCUUCUCUUCUGGAUCCUCCGCCGUACAGCAAACUGCGACGACCGGCGGGUCUGGACAACACGCCGCGGAACCGACAGAGCUUCGCCGGCACGCCGUUCAGCCGCAGCGUGUCGCAGCAGCACAGCAACGGCCUGCUCAGUCCGACCAAGACCGACCGCCCUGGCACCGCAUUGGGCCAUUCGGGCAGCCGUCGCAUCAGCCUGCUUCCUCUGCCUAAGGAGCGUUCCGGACGAGACAGCGCUACGGGGUCUCGCAGCAAGCUUGCUGACCGGCCGCGGUGGCGGUAGCCUUCGAACUGAUUUGUACUUUGCACUUGCCCUCUUGCAUUUCCGGCCGUUUUGAUUUAUCGUUCUACAUUGCAUGUAUUAUCAGCAUCGGGAUUGAGGAGUCAUAUACCAAGUCGUUUGCAGGACAGAUUGCGCUUGAUUCCCCACUCGCAUUGUGAUUAGCGUUCUUUGAUGUAUUCAUUUAGG